AUUAAAAUAAUAUAAAAGUAAAUAAUUAAAUAAAAAAAUAAAAUAUAAAAAAUGGAGAUUGGAUUUAAGUAAAGAGAAUAAACUGAUUGCACUGAUUCCUCGAGCAAUUCAAAGUAAGAAACUGCUUCUCAAAAAAGACUCAAAAAUUUUGAAGUAACUGAUUCUGAUAGAGAAGAUUAUCAUAAUCUUGUAGAUAUUCUAUUUGUUAUUGACACUACAGGAUCCAUGUCAUGGUGUUUCUAAGAAGCAAAAAAUACAGUAAAAGACAUAGCUGAAAUGUUCAAUAAGUAAGAAUUCGAUAUAAAAUAUGCAUUGUGCUAAUAUAGAGAUCACCCACCUUAAGAAUCAUCUUUUGUUUACUAACACAAUGAUUUAUAAGGUUCUUAAUCUAUGUAAGGUAUUUUAGGAAAUCUACAAGCUUAAGGAGGUGGAGAUGGUCCUGAGGCUGUUAUGGAUGGAUUGUAUGAAGGAAUUAAUAAAACUAAUUGGAGAAAAGAUCAUGAUGGUACAAUUUCUAAAAGAUUUAUUUUCCAUAUUUGCGAUGCUCCUCCUCAUGGAAAUUUAUAUGGAGGUUACUCUUCCGAUUAAAAUUGGCAAAAAAAUGGAUGUCCAUGUGGCAUUACUGCAGAAAUGAUUAAAAACUAACUAGAAGAAAAAUAAAUUACUUAUAACUUAAUUGAGUGUGGAGGAAUAUGUAAAAUGGAAGAAGUAUUUAGAUCAGUAUUUGGAAAAAGAUUUGAAGAAACUAUCCAUAUAUCUUAAAGUUAAAUUUAGCAAUAAUAAUGCUCAUUUUCUUACUCUUCUGUUCCUGGUAGUUUUGGAGCCUUUCCCUCCUCUAUACCUGUACCUCUAAAUGUAGCAGCUUCGCAUGUACCUAAACCUUAAUCAAUGCUUUCUGAUGGCCAUUAUUUUAUAGGAUAUUCUUUAGGAUUUUCUGGUCCUGCUCAAAUGACCUAACCAGUUACUGCAAGCUUUAGUGGGUUAUUUUCUUCCCCUCCAUAAGCUCCUUAGUAACAACAACAAUAACAAAAUUUAUACAGCCAUUAAGUACAAUAAAAUUUAUUAAGAAAUCUAAAAUGA